GCCUGUGCUGCGAGCGCUACAAGACGACGGAGCAGGUGACGAUGACGGGUGCGAAGGCGUGCAACGAACACUUUGUGUUGCUGAAGAGGGAGGAGAAGAUGAAUGCGAGGCAGAAGAAGAGGGCUAGUGAGGAGAUGACGGAUGGGGAGGGAGAGAGUUUGGUAAUGGUUGAUGGGAUGGCUGAGAAGAUGAGUGGUGCGGUUGAUGCGCCGUUUGAAGAUGGGGAUGAGGGCAAGGAAGGGGGACAGGGAAGUGGUUCGGAUUAUGGUGAUGGAGAGGGUGGGGAUGAGGAGCAUGGGGAGAGGGUUAUUGGACUGGCUGCUUAGGGAUGGAGAUGGAUGAAGAGGGAUAAGAAGAUGCUAUAUGGGAAUUGAAAGGGGAUCUUUGGCCCUGGCUUCGGGCUGGAUAGAUUGCCGUCAUUGGACGCAUGGGUGAGGGUCAUGCUGAGUGCUGCGAGAUUGCUCUUUAGGCAUAUCGGCUGUGAACUCAUCGAACAGGAUGCGCCAUAACAAAAAGAUAACGAUAAAUCAAGAAGCCUAGUCGGGGAAG